CCUAGUUGAUGUUUGGUUAAUGAUGGUGAGAAUCAUGGCUGGUUUGUAUAGGAAGUCAGUGAUGUUGGCGGUGGUGAUGUUGGUGGUAUUUGUGGUUGUUAGUAGUGUUGAGAGCACAAAAGAUGGGUCCCAAGAGUUGAGGAAGAAGGCAGAAGAAGGGAAGGAGGAGGCAGAGUCAUGGAGGGAGUGGGCUAAAGAGAAGAUAUCAGAAGGCCUCGGUUUGAAGCCAGACGAGCCCUCCGUUACUUCAGAUGCUGCUGCUCGAGCCGCUAAGAGCACCAAAGACAAAGUCCAGGAUUUUACUUCUGAGGCUGCUCAGUACACUGCAGAGAAGGCUAGCGAUGUAAAAGAGGCGAUCAAAGAUAAGGUUGGGUACGGGGCAGAGAAGGCUAAGGAGAUGAAGGAGGGCGUAAAAGAGAAGGCGAGCGAGAUGAGCGAUAAGAUUGGAGAGAAGGCGCCAAAGGAAUUUGAUAAAGAAGAAAUAAAGAAAAAAAUGAGAGAGGGUGAGGAAAGGGCCAAGGAAGGGUAUGAGCGGGCGAGGAGCAAAGCGGAAGAGAGGGGAGAGGAGUUAAAAGAAAAUUUAUUAGGGGAGCGGCGGGAUGAUGAGGAGCUGUGA